GGGCGGCGAUGGCGGCGGCGAUGGCGGCGCCCGGCGGGGACGAGGCGGGUGCGGACUCGGACGGCGGCAGCAGCAGCAGCGAGGAGCUGGUGCUCACCCCGGCACAGCUGAUCCGCAGCCUGGAGCAGGCCUGGCUCAACGAGAAGUUCUCUCCGGAGCUGCUGGAGAGCAGACCCGAGAUCGUCGAGUGUGUCGUGGAGCAGCUGGACCACAUGGAAGCAAACCUGAAGCGGGCAAAGAGAGGAGACCUGAAGGUGAGCGUGCACCGCAUGGAGAUCGAGAGGAUCCGCUUCGUGCUCAGCAGCUACUUGAGGUGUCGGCUGGUGAAGAUAGAGAAGUUUUUCCCCCACAUCCUGGAGAAGGAGAAGUCUCGAGCUGAAGGGGAGCCCUCCAUCCUGUCACCAGAGGAGUUUGCUUUUGCUAAAGAGUACAUGGCGAACACAGAGGCUUACCUGAAAAACGUGGCCCUAAAACACAUGCCACCCAACCUGCAGAAAAUGUCUCUCCUAAAAUCAGUUCCGAAGCCCAACCUGGACUCCUUUGUGUUCCUGAGGGUGCUGGAGCGGCAGGAGAACAUCCUGGUGGAGCCAGAGACGGAUGAGCAGAGGGAAUAUGCCAUCGACCUGGAGGAGGGCUCCCAGCACCUGAUCCGCUACAGGACCGUGGCCCCGCUGGUGGCCUCG